AUGGAGACCUGGUCGUCAGAAAGCCGGGCGGCGGUCCAGAAUGCUUUCAAUGAAUUGCGCGAAACCAUUAGCAAAGAGGCCCAGAACGAGCUCGAGCAGCGGCUGAAAGAAGACAACCGAUCACGCGCACUUCUGACCGACGAGCUUGAAAUACUGAGAUCCCGUUCCGCCGAGGUUGAUCGUUUGGAGGAUGAAAAUAGAAAGCUCAGAACGAAACUGCUGCAAUUCCACCAACAAACCCGAUCCACCGAGUCAUCAAGAGGCAGCCCUCGUCCGAAUCAUGUAUCGCGCGAUCAGGCUACCAACACAGACUCAAUGUCAGCAGUGACUUUUGAAAAAGGCAACGAACUGGAGCAAGUCUUGCGCGAGAGUCAAAAACUCCGCCGAAAAUACAAUGCUCUGGACCAAAACUUCAAGAUCCUUAAGUCAGAGUUCAACAAAAGGAGGGACGAGAACAAGAGAUGGGAGGAAUACGCAACAAGCUUGGAAGCUAAAAUAAAAAUCCUUGAGCGGCCCGGAGGGGAGCCAGACGAGGACACGCAUUCAACAGAAGCACUUUCAGAACCUAGCAGACCCCAGGCUGUGUUGACCCCGAGCUUCGCUUCAGAUCCUGGAGCUGGUCCGACGACGACACGCGGCACUGAGGAAAUUACCCGACAUAUUCCAAUUGAAUCCAUCCCUGCUGCUGCUAUUGCAGUAGACGAAGAAACUCAAGAUCCGAAUUCAGGGGACUCAACGGAAGAGGACACAACAGAGAGCAGUAAGGAUGGCGAUGUCCUUACUCUUCCACCACUGAGACAACCUCCCAAAACGGAUUCCGAUAUUCGCAUUAAACCAGAGCCCUCCUCUGACGGCCCAGUUAUCGUGUCGGAGCGCUUUGUCGGCAAGAGGAAGCAUUCGGCUGACUCUUCCGCCGAGCAGCAAGUACGACGCCGAAUUAAGAUUGAAAGCUCGAACCUUUCCGGAGGCUCUGUCACCAGCCAGCUUCAACAAGAAAGCAUGGACCUAGACGAAGUUGGCCAGAAACUCAGUACGCCGAGGAAGAACAGAAUGCUGCCCAAUACUCCCUCCGCAUCAGGACAGAUGGAUACUGGAAGAGCAAAAACGACCGGCCCGUUGUUUGUCAGACCCGACAACACCGAUACGCCGACGCCAAGGAAUUUCGACUUAUCGGCAGUUCUGACACCAGUCAAUCCUAAUGCUCGUCCGGCGAGACCAUACGAACUGAAGACUGUGGGAAAGCCCAUCAAGAAAGGACUCACCCAUGGCAUAGAAAGCCUGGCCGAGGACGGACUCGCCUAUAAGCACACAGGUCGGGGGGAGCUGGCCGGAGGGCAGUUUCGCACGCCUCAGCCCUCUGGUCGCUUAAGCACGCUGUUGAACAUGCCAUCUCCGGAGCAGGCUCCUGCCAUAGUACGGUCAGCGCCGCGUCUUCGCGAUACGCAUAGGGCAGCGAUCGAUGAUGGACCUCAGUUUCCUGACCGCCGGGAGCUACCAUUCAAUAAAGAGCGCCGGGAAAGACUUAAGGAAACCCCCGCUGUUCGAAAAGAUCUCGAAGAGACUACGGAACAUGGCACACCACGCGCACUUGCUCGGAACCGUAGCGGGGCUACAACGCCAAUAUCAGCAGUUAGAGGAUCAUUACGAACGAAACCCAUGGUCUCCAUGCGCCUUGAGGAUUUCAAAGUGAACCCAAAGUUCAAUGGUGGUUCGGACUAUGCAUAUUCGGAGGUAGUCAGAGGCAAGGACGACAGAGCUUGUUUGCCUGGCUGUACUGAUAUGAACUGCUGCGGUAAGCAAUUUCGCGCCAUGGCACUUGCUCGGAGAAACAACGUCGAACGCACUCCAGCUUCAGACACCAAGUUAUUCGAAGACUACCUCGGUGACAGAGUCACAAUUACUCUGGGUAUGUCAAAGGCGGAGAAAGACGAGUUGUGGAUUGAAGCCAAGACAUGGCAGCUUGCCAAUGAAUUGGGUAAGCAUCGUCACCGGUAUGCCCGAAGACCCUCUCCUCCGGGUUUCUGGAACGCGGAUUUCCCUACCACACAGGAGGUGGAUAAUGAGAAGUCUGAAGCUGAGAAAAGGGAGAGGCAUUUGAUCCAGGAGAGGUAUCGAGAAGCGAUGAGGGGCGGAGGGCGUUGGGUGUUUAGGGACGAAUGA